UCCUAGAUCCUCAGCUAGCUACCCCGUGGACUUCACUGGCUGGAGUGUGCAGGCGCAUUUUGACGUGUGAUAGGCCUCUCUGUGUAUGUUCGGGAGCAAGCAGAGGUAGCUUGCUCGUGUUCUAGUCAGCAGUUAGUGAGUUUUCUGACAUGGUGUUUCAGUAUGCCAGUUGGCAAAGUUUCAGCUGAGCAAGAGGGCGAACAAUCUAGUCCUCGUCCGCUCGGAGCUGAGAAACCAGAGGUUCAAAAAUCGCUGCAGCAACGUCAAAACAAGCUCAUCCCACCGCAGCUGUGCUUCUCCUUCGGACGGCCUGUGUAUCUCUCGACAACCACAUGGUUUCUUCGACGAAUGGAAGGUGGAAGCAAACUGCCUGGUCUGCAGGGCAUUGGCAAUGCUGGCAACACGUGUUACAUGAAUGCCGCGUUGCAGGCGUUGGCACACUGCCCGCCAUUCAUGCUCUACUGCCUUGACUGUGAGAUGUUCAUACGGCAUCUCUCUGGCCAGGGGGUGGCCACUGUCUUCUGUUCUCUGAUGAAGCGGCUCUGGUCCACUGAAAGGUAUGAUGACUUCAUCAACCCAAGACCACUGGCUCGUGUGAUGAACAACCCAAUGUUCAUGGGGGUGCAACAGCAGGAUUCUCAAGAGUUCCUGCGCUGUCUCCUGGAUAUCAUGCACGAGGAGUUGAAAGUUGAAGUGCCCUCCAGACCAAGUGAAGCCCCUUCAAGAGCUAGUGGGUCUGUUAAGGACGCAGACUGCAGUUCUAACGGCAACUCCAACUCGGCAACGGCAGCGUCCGCGGCUGCAGCACCGGAACCGGAAUCGUCGUCACCUCCGCAGAAGCAGCCAUCACACCGCUAUGCCCUGCGCAGUCGUGGAGAGUGCAGUAGCAACGAGCCCGUCGGAGGUAGUCCCAAGAACCGGCAGCCAGCAGCAAGCCAUGCAGACAACACAACUGCAAAUGACGCUGGUGGCGACAUGCAGGUGGACGAGGUUUCCGCAGUGAAGGCCAGUGCGGAGAAGCUGCAAAUGUUUCUCCUGAGAACAGCCAUCGUCAGCGAUCACCAGGUGCCGAAACCGCGCCAUCAGCGCCUGCCCGAGCGCGAGCCGUUCACAGCGUACGAGCUUGACCUGGACGACUGGUCUACGCACCGUGUACGUCCUGUGCACUGUCCACACGGCACGUGUCUGCUGUGCAGUGCCAAGGCUAGGUACUUUCGCCGCUCUGCUCCGCACCUCAUCAUGGGCGCAAAGGACAAUGAGUCCGGCACGGCUGUUACACCACCACCUGAUGAUGAACUGAAGCAGCAGCAGCAGGAGGAACUAAAUUCACCAACGGCAGGUAAAGAAGAGCCAAUGGACACGACUGAGCAGGCUGAACUCACGGAAGAAUCCAUUGCUCCUUUGCAGCAGCAGCAACGGCGGCCAUCUCUGUCCAGGCAGAAUCGCGUGACAUCCACAGGCAGCUCGGCCAGCACGGCUCCUGAUCUGCAGGUGUCGACAGCCUCUCCUAUUGUCCAGAACGGCGUGCACACCUCGAGUGCAGCCACCGGUCCUGGUGAUAGCGAGCCUGCAGACUCAGCCAACGCUACGCUGAGUAUUGGCGAGUCCAAUGGCAGAGGCUCGGCCAACACUGCGUUGAGCAUUGGCGGGUGUAGUGGCGGGGGCUCGACCAACACGGCGCUGAGCAUUGGCGAGUGCAACGGUGAGGACUCCACCAACACGGCGCUGAGCAUUGGCGAAGACCCAACCAACACUGCGCUGAGUACUAGCGAGUGCAAUGGCGAGGGUGACGUCCAAAAUCCGGCACUGCAGCAUUCACCAUGUGAUUCCCCUGCACAAGAACCAUCCAGCAAUGCUAUGGAAGAGAAACAUGACCCAGGCUCGUCGACGUCGCCAUCAAGUAGCGUUCAGAACGGUGAACACCAGCAACAAGAAGCUGGUUCGCCAUCACGUCACCAUGACCAACAGGCAGAAGCAGAACAAACGCCGCAACUGGACAAUGAUGAGGCGGUCAAUGCACACGGCGAACCGAGCGAUUCAAGACCGACGUCCGUCCUGAGCGAUUCGAAAUUUCCCCCCGGUCUCAAAGCCAUGAUACAGGAAGCUGCGUCGGAUGAGUCAAGCGAUGAAGAGGACAGCACCUCAGAACAUUCCAGUGGUCGCAGCUCCACUCCCAGUGAGCCCGCCAAGGUUUAUCGCAGCAUUGUGACGGACAUAUUCGGCGGCGUUACACAAAGUAGUGUCUCAUGCAAUGCAUGUGACCAGUCGUCCAAACAAUGUGAACCCUUCCUAGACCUGUCCAUCAGCUUGCCAGAUGCGGAGCAAGUACAGGCGCUAAUAAAGGCCCGCGACGCAUCCAAGCCCCCGACGCUGGCUGAGCAGCCACGCACUGGCGAGGAUGGAGAGUCAAAUGUCGAGAAGGAGCCUGGUGGAGAGUUGUCGAACAAACCCCUUCAGCCCGGGGACAAGCCCAGCCUGGCAUCGAGGGUCUGGAGUGUUGUCAAAUCGGCACUGACAUCUCGUCAUCUGACACUAACCGAGUGCAUGGAUAUCUACUUCUCUCAGGAGGAGCUCACAGGUGCCAACCAGUAUCACUGUGAGAAGUGCAAUGCGAAAGUGGAUGGUGCUCGCAAGGUAUCUCUCAAGAAGCUGCCAGAGAUCAUGUGCAUUCACUUGAAGCGCUUCCGCCAUGAAUUGCAGUCGUCUUCCAAAAUCGGAGAGCCAGUGUCGUUCCCCAUGCAGAGCCUUGACCUCCGCCGCUUCCUGUCCGAUGAUGCGGAAGAGGAAGUCUCUACAUAUGACCUCAUAGCUGUUGUGUCGCAUAUUGGAGGUGUAGCGGGUGGCCAUUAUGUGACGUUUGUGCGCCACUUCUUGUCAAGCAACUGGUAUGAGCUUGACGAUCUCAACGUUCACCCUGUCACGGAGCAGUAUGUUGCUGGUGUGGAAGCGUACAUGCUGUUUUACAAGAAAUCUUCUCCAGAGAUGAGCACCGAACGGGCGAAUGUGAUGCGGCAGGUGGCCAAGGCUGAGUGUGAGCCUGGUCAAGAGAUGUGCUUCGUCUCCAGACAGUGGGUGCAUAGGUUCAACACUUGCUUUGAUCCUGGUCCCAUCACAAACAAGGACUUCAUUUGCGAGCAUGGUGGAGCUGGCAUCCACACCGCACAGGAGAUCUUGCAGAUGGUGACGUUUGCUCCGCGUCCUCUAUGGGACAGCCUCGUGGACCGGUAUGGCGGUGGGCCUCUUGCCACCACGCUGCGCGUUUGCAUGGACUGUCGACAAUCCUAUGAUGCCCUAUUACGUCGAAGGCACCUGGAAUACCAGAAGUUUGCUCUGCUCAACCAGCCCAUGCAGGAGGAUGGCCAGAUUAUUUUCUUGGUCGACCGUAACUGGUUCCUGCAGUGGCGAGACUGUGUGCGCUCAGAUGACCCGGAUGUGCGUGUGCCCGGUCCGUUGGAUAAUACCCGUCUCCUCGCCCAGUUACGUCGCUAUGGUACAAACCUUCCCAAGGGCUUGUUCCCAUUGGAGUUGACGUGGGACGCGUUUUUCUUCCUGUUCAGUCUGUAUGGCGGUGGGCCAGUUAUCUAUGCCAUUGGCUAAGGGCCAGUUGCUUUUUGAUUGCUUUCCAUUGAGAAAAAGGCACACAACAUAUUUCCCUUGAAGUACUACUCAGCACUAUCGACAAUCUCCAAGGGCAGUAGUAUUUAUGCCACCCCCUCCCCUCCCUCCUUGGCACCACUAUUAGAAAUUGUUUUAUCCCAGAGCACAAUCACCUGUGCACCAUAUUGAGUUUGUGUUAGUAGUAGUGUAGGACAAAUCAAUGUACACGUUCACCAUAGCCGUGAUCAUAUUGUGUACGCGUAUGUGCUGUGACGCCGCUGGGGUCUCCCCCCCCCCCCUUCCCUCGUUAGCCACAGCUUGCUAUAAUUAUUCUCCCACUAGAUUGUCACGUGAGUGAGUCGUCCUUGGCCGUGUGGCCCUGUGUCCUAUAUAAUUACUCUUGCUCCUCUCCCCGUCUGCUUCGUUGCACUUUUCUAGAUACUCCUCACUUCAUCACUACUCACUGCCCCCCCCCCCCUGCCCGCCCGGUUGGUCACAUGAUCAGAGGUCUUGUAACGCAGUGCCGUGAUUGCUUUGUUCUGUCCUUUUGCUAUUUUUUUAUAUUUUUUUACAAGAGAUCCUCAUUGUUACUGAGGGGUUCAUUGUGCACUAUCCUUAUGGUCAUAACAGCCGCUGAAUCUUUUUUGCUAAAGAACACAACAUCUGUUUGAACAGAUGAACCCUUA